AUGGAAUCCUUGAUAGAUAUUGACACACAUCAUUAUACAGGUGCAACCGACGCCCAUUAUCACAUCAGCAGAUCAGGGCUUCCGCAGCCGCUUGCCAGCGGCGCUGUCAAAAGAGCAACUCUACAUGCAGGAUUAAUAGUUACAGAUGGUAGUAAAUAUGCCAUCGGGUUCAAAGACAUUCCACUACACAUAUCUCGCCACAACGGAUACAUUCUCAAGCUUAGAUGGAUCUCUACCAGGUUCCUCGUCAUGUGGGAUGAUGAAGAAAAGCGCGGGUGGCUGGUGAACGGUACAAGUGCCCUUUUGCAUCUUGUUCGUGCAUCACUCAAGUACGAUAUGCACAGUGAAUUUGAGGACGUAUUUCUGUUCAGAGCGGAGGACCUGGUGGAAGCACUCGAGCGAUAUCAUCCUUCCUCUGCCGUCAAGAUACUUCUUGACCCUGCAAAUAGGAAGCUCAAGCUUUACGAAAAGGCGAGUGGGUAUCUACACCUCGAGGACAGGGUUGAAAGCGUCUACAAUUCCCUGGAACAAAUACUAGACUACCAGACUGGGGUCAUUGAGACAAGUGGGGUUCGACCACGAAACGAACUCGAGGGCUGGGACUUCAAAGAUCUAGCCUCAGAACAGGACCAGUGCCACCUUCGGGUAGCAGUGCUAAAGAACCCGGGUUGGGUCGAUUUUGCCAGGGAUAUCCAUGCCGUCUCGUUGUUCGGUCGCGGAUUCGGCGAUAUCAUCAAACCAGCACCUGAGGCAGCUACCCCAUGCGGUCAGUGGACGGUCCUACCGAAGAAUAAUUACUACCUCGCUGCCUGUGCGGCUGAUCUGUUGAAGCUUAUCGAUCUGCACGGAGAUCAGAAGGCCCAGCCUCGAAGAGUCAGCGAAAACGUUAUGUGGCAUAACCCGAACAAGGUCAUCGCAGGAUGCGCGUGCGAAGGCAGGGCCCUCGGGAACUGUUUUGACCCAGUCCAGAUCCUGCUUCCAGUGUCGUUUCCGUCGUUUCCUACAGACAUGCUUCCGAUAACUUCAGUUCCACUGAAUAGUCGUGGUGCUAUAAUAUUCGGUUAUGAUGCAUCUCUAAAGCCAGUCUGGCCGGUCACCGAGGAUCUAGAAGGGGAACUCGGAUCUUCCGAAGAUUCUGGUACCCAAUUCCACGACAGUGGGAUUGGGCAGAGUAUAGGCCCGCCUGGGUCUGUCAGUCGCACUAAGUCACCGAGCACAGACUCCGAACCUUUCACAGUCCACAACUACAGAGCCGGGAUUGUCUGUACGCUACCUAAAGAGCUCUUAGCCGUCCGUGCUUUAUUCGACGAGCGACACGCAAAUGUUCAAAUUCCUCCGGAGGAUACCAACCACUAUGCCCUUGGGCGCAUGGGUGAACAUAACGUAGUUGCUGCCUGCCUCCCCUGUGGCGUGUACGGCACCAAUUCUGCUGCGGAUGUUGUUUCCCAUAUGAUUCGGACGUUUCCGGUGAAGUUUUGCCUUCUUGUGGGGAUUGGAGGUGGAAUGCCUUCGUCGAAGAAUGAUAUUCGUCUUGGAGAUGUUGUUGUUAGCCAGACUGGAGUCAUUCAAUAUGACUUGGGCAAGGCACUUGGAAAUGGCACCUUCGAGGCAAUUGGCCGUUUACACCGGCCGCCUCGCUUUUUGACCACAGCCAUGGCCAUCUUGCAAGGAGAUCCUGAUGGCUCCCCGGUCAUACUCCAGAAGUACAUUGACCAGAUCGGAAAACGGAGACCGGAGUAUCGAUAUCCAGGCAAAGAGAAGGAUCAGCUAUUUUCCUCAGAUUAUCUUCACCAUCCCACAUUUGAGGACUGCGAGAAGUGUGACGGCCCUGUGCACAUUAGGGGAUCUCGAACUCACACCCAUCCUGUAAUACAUUACGGCCUGGUUGCGUCGGGGAAUACCGUCAUGAAGGAUGCUAGGAUUCGGGACCGGAUGGCCGCAGAACGAGGAUUCCUUUGCGUCGAAAUGGAAGCCGCUGGUGUCAUGGAAACGGUUCCAUUCCUCGCUAUUCGUGGGAUUUGUGAUUAUGCCGAUUCUCACAAGAACAAGAUAUGGCAAGAGUACGCAUCGGCUACUGCUGCAGGGUAUGCAAAGUUGUUCUUGUCUGCUGUGAGAAAUACACCUGACCCUUCGAGUGGGAGUUCAACGAAGCUGUUACCGCCUCAUGCCAAACUCCGCAAGUCGGCUUCGCAAUACCGUAAGUCACUGCCCACCUACCUAUCUCGGUGUGACAAGACUAAGGAGUACUAG